AUGGAUUGUGUUAAUAUUUCAACAUAUUUUAAUAAGAUUGGAAUACAUACAUUAUCUCCUAAAGAACUUUUUUAUACUAUAACAAAUGCUUCAAUCAAAGAAAAUAAAAUUGAAAGUAUUAUUAAAGAACAUUUUAGAACUAAUUGGGAUCCAAAUGAUGAAGUCUUUUUAAAUUCUUUUAUUCCAAGUUCUUUACAUGACUUAAAUGAACCAAUUCGUGAUGUUUUUCAACCAAAGAAAAUGACUGGUGUUUUGUUUAUGCCAAAUGCAAUUCCUAAUCAUGUUAAACUUGCACCAUUACAAAUUACUGUAAAUGAUGAUUCUGCUUCUGAUUCAGAAAAAGAAGAAAUUCAAAGAAAACGAAUGAAAAAAUUGAGUAAAAAACAAAAAGAAUUAUACAAAGACCAACUUGAAGAAGAAAUGAGAGAGGCAGAGAAAUUGGUUGAUCUUAGAGAAAUACAACUUGCUAAAGAAGCAGAAGAAUUAAAAAAACAAAUAGAACAAACAAACAAUGAAUUAAUUGAUAAAAGUAUUGACACUACUGAAGACGAAGAAGAAGAAGAAGAAAUGGACAGUGAAGAAUAUAAAGAAUUUGUCAAAAAAUUAAAAGAAGAAAAGAAAGUUGAUAAAGAAGAAGAAAAAAAAUUAAGAAAAGAACAUAAAAAGCAAUAUAAAAUUGAAAGAAGAGAGAAAUUAAAACAUAAAAUGCCAAAGAAAAAGAAAGAACAAUUAAUUAAACAUUCAAAACGAAAUCAAACAAAAUAA